AUGCUAGUGAAUAUGCAAUUGAAUGGCUGGGCAGUACUCCAGCUCCAGACACCCUUCUCCGACACGCAGGAGCGUUUGAAAAUAGACUCCAAGUAUGGCUACGUGAAGAUUUUCCUGAAUAACGCGGGCAUCAGCAACGACUACUCCAAGGAGAACGUGGACGACCGUGAGGACGCUCAACAUGCCAACCAAAACACCCGCAUCUGA